UUCUUUUUCUUUUAUCUCUUUGGUUUCUUGCUUGCUUUCCUCUGAAGCCACUCUUUCUUCUACCUAAAAAAUCUUUGCUGUUUUGGUUGGUACCUUCCAUCUCUGCAACCUUGAUGCUGUCUUCAUUAAAGCUUUCCCGACCCCAUUGUCCACGAGAAUCACCUGUUUCUCACGGAAAAGUGUUCCCAAAAGCACGCAUUUCUACGCUAUUUAUACCCCUCUCUCUUUGCUCUCUUUAUCUCGAUCACAGAUUUACAGGGAGAACGAUAAUGGCGAUGGGGAUGAUAAAGUUUGUAGCUUUAUUGGCCAUUCUUCUUAAUUCUUGUUUUUUGGUGAAUGGGAUUCUUGACCCCGUUGAUUUCUUGGCUUUGCAAGCGAUUCGGAAGAGAUUGGUUGAUUUGCCGGGCUCUAAUUUCUUUGCUUCCUGGGAUUUCACCUCUGAUCCCUGUAAUUUCCCCGGAGUUUAUUGCGACGGUGAUAAGGUGAUUGCGUUGAAUCUCGGUGACCCGCGGGCGGGGUCGCCGGGCUUGACGGGGAGGCUUGACGCGGCCAUUGGUAAGUUGUCGGGUUUGGCUGAGUUUACGGUGGUUCCCGGGAGGAUAUUCGGGGGAUUGCCGGAAAGUUUGUCGCAGUUGAAGAAGCUUAAGUUUUUGGGUGUCAGUCGGAAUUUUAUCUCCGGCCAGAUUCCGGCGUCUCUUGGGCAGCUCCGGGGACUUCAGACGCUCGAUCUCAGUUUCAAUCAGUUCUCCGGGAAUAUUCCUUGGUCGAUCGGACAGUUGCCGGCAUUGUCCAACGUUAUUCUCUGUCACAACCGUUUAUCCGGUUCAAUCCCGGUUUUCGUCUCCAAAACCCUAACCCGGUUCGACCUGAAACACAACGAUCUUUCCGGUUCUCUCCCGGCCAAUGCUUUCCCUCCAUCUCUACAGUUUCUGUCAUUAUCAUGGAACAAACUGAGUGGACCGGUGGACCGGAUUUUAACCGGGUUAAAAAACUUAAACUAUCUCGACCUCAGUUUAAACCAGUUCUCCGGCGAAAUCCCGGGAAACAUUUUCACUUUCCCCAUCGCGAAUCUCCAACUCCAACGCAAUCAAUUCUCCGGGAGAGUCAUACCGGUCGAUCAGGUCACAAUCCCCACCGUCGAUCUCAGUUACAACCACUUAUACGGCGAAAUUUCUCCCCUCUUCUCCACCGUCCAAAACCUCUACCUCAACAACAACCGCUUCACCGGCGAGGUCCCCGGCGGUUUCGUCGACCGCCUUCUCUCCGCCAGCAUCCAGGUCCUCUACUUACAGCACAACUUCCUCACCGGAAUCGCCAUAAGCCCGACGGCCGAUAUUCCGGUGACGACGUCCCUGUGCCUGCAGUAUAACUGUAUGGUGCCGCCGAUUCAAACGCCGUGCCCGUUGAAAGCCGGGAAGCAGAAAUCGAGGCCGACGAAUCAGUGCGUGGAGUGGAAGGGUCAAAACAGGAAUUGACAGGGCCGAGUCGGGGGCAAAACGGGAAUACUGGAUUAAUUAUAGUAUUUGUUGAGGAGAUUAAGGUGAGAUUGAUUUAUUAAUUCUUAUCAAAUUACUGGUAAUUAAGAAAAAUGGUUAAAAUAAGAAAGGAAAAUGUGUAUACCAGGAGAGAAAAAUAGCUCAGUUUCUUAUGCUCUCAAGGCCAAAUUAGACCCAGCUUUGGCUUAUUUUUGUCUUUAAUUACAAAACUAUGUCCCCCAAAAUGAGAAAUAUAGCUAUUCAUUCUAUGGCA